AUGGCAUCUCGCCUCCGCCAUCCAGCGCCGCGGGCAUAUGUCAGCAUCGUCAAUGGCAACGCGAAAGCGACCACGCGUGCAUUGGGCAAUUCUACGCGCCUUCGACUCCUAAAUAUUGAAGAAUGGGACCACGCGCAAGCAGCACGGGAACAGGAAGUGCUCGAAGACGGCAAUCCGGCUGGCCUCACUCGCAAGGGUUUCGCCAAGGACGUCGCUCCCAGAUUUAUCGCGAAGAAGUUCCACCUGCUCAACAAACAAGCCAAAGCAGACGCCAUGCCAAAGACACCCAAAGCAAGACCUUUCACUCCGAAGAAACCCACAGCAGAGGCGACACCGAAGAAACCCAAGGCAGAAGCAGAACCAGCCCCACCGAUAACCAGAUGGGCAAAUGCUCGAGUCACUGUACCCGGUGCAGCUGCAGAGCACUCUUUCUCUGCCGUCUUUCUGCGAGACAUAUGCUCUUGUCCUCGCUGCGUCCAUCAGUCCACCAGGCAGAAGCUCUUUGUCACAGCCGAUAUUCCGACGCAGAUCGAAGCUGUUGAUGUUCAGUCUGAUGCCCAGAGUGUCAAGAUCAGGUGGUCGAACGAUGUCCCUGGGUAUGAUGGCGAUCACGUCACCGAGAUACCUUUGGCUACUUUGUCCAACUAUGUAACGAAGGGCAACGACCUUCCAAGUCACGAUACGACGCCUAGGGUCCUUUGGGAUGCCGACAUGUAUCAACAGCGCACGCAAGACUUCACCUAUGAGGCCUACAUGGAAGACGACACAAUCCUGCUCAAAGCUCUCCGGCAACUGGAAUCACAUGGUCUCCUCUUCGUGACCGACGUACCCGCAGAUGAAAAGUCCGUAAAGCGCCUCUCGAAACGAAUAGGCCCCCUGAAGACGACCUUCUACGGCAAAACAUGGGACGUCCGCUCAGUCCCCCAAGCAAAAAAUGUAGCCUACACAUCCCAAAACCUCGGCUUCCACAUGGACCUCAUGUACAUGAAGCAACCACCCCACCUCCAACUCCUUCACUGCAUCCGCUCCUCCUCCGCAGGCGGUGCCAGCCUCUUCACAGACUCCUUCAAAGCCGCCGUCGAUCUCCGUAAAAACGACAUCGAAGCCUUCGAGGGACUCGGCAAAAUCAAAGUCGACUACCACUAUGACCACAAGACUGAUUACUACUACCAAAGCCGCUCCGUCAUCGAGCUGAAGAGACUCGGCCUCAAAGACGCAGUCAUAUCCGAGUACGGCCGACAAGCGCACAUAAGUGUCAGCUUCAAUCCCCGCGAUAGCAGUGUCUCCCCGAUAGACGUCAUCGACGCUGUAUCGUGGAGCCCGCCAUUCCAAGCACCAUUCCGACUGGAAAGCGGCGUGAAAGAUGUCGGGACGUCUUAUGGUGGUGACUAUUACCUCAGCCGGAAAGUGGAUCACUGGCAUGAUGCGGCGAGGAAGUUUAAUGAGUUGAUUCAUCGGCCGGAGGCGAUCUAUGAGAGGCUCAUGAAACCCGGCGAGUGUGUUAUUUUUGACAACCGGAGGGUGUUGCACGCGAGGAAGGCGUUUGAGGUGGGUGAUAUGGGGAAGGAGAGGUGGUUGAGAGGCGCGUAUAUUGACAAGGACCCGUUCAUGUCGAAGUUGAAGAUUUUGAACGAGAGGUAUGGCGCUGCUGUUGAGGAGGUCGAGCUGAAGGAAAAGCAGGAGCAAGAUGCGUAUUUUGAGAUGCAGCGGGAAGCGUGA